AUGUCUCGCGGCGGCACCACCCUUUACGUGACCGGCUUCAGCCACGGCACCCGCGCUCGCGACCUCGCCUACGAGUUCGAACGGUAUGUCAACCUCGCCCACGCUCACGCCCACGCCCUCGUCCACCCUGGGGACUUUCGAUGCAAUGCAAAGGUCUCCUGCUUGGCCAUGAUGCCUCGCCGUCCAUCGUCGUCCUUACGUCCUCGUCCUCCCGUUUUCGUUCUCGCUCGCGCCCACGCCCCAGCACUCCCUCCCCCUGUCUUCCCACUUUCUUCGAUAGGACUGCUCGUCUAUUGCGCAGUCGCUCUUCCGCUCGAGCAAACGCACGAAUGCCAUGCGCAUUCCUAUGGUCGACUGGUUCGCUGUGACAUUCCUGCGCCCAGGUCUACGUCCAGCCGUCUCUUCGCCUUUGUUGAGUAUGAGGACCGACGUGAUGCUGAUGAUGCUUAUCACGAGAUGCACAACAAGCGUAUUGGUCGUGAUGACAUUCUAAAGAUUGAGUGGGCUCGCACUCCUCCUUCUGCAUCUUGGCGCUUCGAGUCAGGCCGCGAUCGUGAUCGACGUGGUGGUGCCCGCUCUCCUAGACGUGGACGUUCGCCUUCUCCUCGUCGCAGCACUCGCGAUUAUUCUCCUCGCAAGGACGACCGUAGGGACCGUGACCGAGACUAUGAUCGUGAGAGCCGACGUGACAGGGAUCGCUCCCGCAGUCCUGACCACCGGGACCGUGAGCGGGACUCCAAGGAUGAUCGUGAGGACCGUGACCGUCGAGAGAACGGCACCAACGGCGAUGACCGAAAGCCUCUCGACAGUCCUCCCCCUGCUAACGAGGACCUCGACGUCGCCGAGUGA